CGAGUGAAGCGCCCUUCCCCUCUGACCAAAAGUGGUCUUCCACGCGAUGUCGAUACCCAACGAUUAUUCAAAAUGGGACAAUCUCGAUGACAGCAGCGAUGAAGAUGAGCCGUCUGCGAAAAGGCAACGGCAGGAUGGAGGUCAAGCGUCAGCAGCAGCGGCAGCGGCAGCGGCAUCAGCACAGGCACCGUCCGUGGGUCUCCCUACCGUCGUGCGGCAGGUGGGCAAGGCAAGCAACGGGAACGGAGCGAAUCAAGGGAUCUCUGCAACAGUCAGGCUCACAGUGCGUGUGUCUGUCUGUCUGUGUCCGUCCCCAGGAUGACGUUGAGGAUGUGCGACAGCUGCAGGCUGAGCUGAGGCGAAUGAAAUCCGCUCACUCACAGGUACCUACUUAUCUGCUGCAGCGAUGAACCACCGCUCACAUGCAUGAUCUUUUCUGUAUCGAUCUUUUUGCCAUUUGGUCUCAGUUUGUGGGUCGGUUCUACAGGGCGCGGCAGCACAUGACGCCUGCCGUCGCAACCCAGGUGCCUGGUGCCGCUGGCGGAUUCUCUUUCCUGGAGCAGAGCAUGCUUUCGGCGUCGGGUGCACUCGACGACUUGAGCGACCUGUUCAGCGACGUGAGGUACCAUCCAGACCCGCGGACUCGUCCAGGACCGUCGACGCUGCCAACACCACUGCCCCAGCCUGUUGGCAGGGGAAACCCCCGCACAAGGGCCGGGCAGUCAACAGAUCAGGUAGGCUGGCCUCGCACAGAUCACAGGGUGCCGGAAAGGUAUCACACCAGUCAUUCAUGUCAAGUGUUGUUGGUGCCUGGCUGCCUAUCAGGAAUAUGGACUUCCGUGCCUCGAUGGGCUGCCGCCCGAUGUCGUCACGAGCCUGCUGGCCCUCUUUAGCACCAAGGAAGCCGCGCCACUCGUGUCCGUCAACAGGGCCGUGCGGGGCGACGUCGAGCCCGUCAUCUAUCAACACCUGGUGGUUCCCUCUACGGAAGACCGGUUCUGGCGAAGCCUGAGGGAGACCAGAAUGGGGCCAUGGGGGUUUGGACCGGCUCCUGAGGACAAAAUACGACGGAUCAAGGGCCUCAAGACAAGACUGGUACGCUGACGGGGCGGGCAGAACACGCCAACCAACCACCCAACACUCGAAGCUCCCAACAUCCGUCCUACCGGUAUCUGUGACUUGUUGGCUCUGUGUGUAUGCAGAGUCAGCUCAAGACGGCCGAGUUGAGUGGCGAUGACCUCCACAUUGCCUUUCCCAUUGAGUGUGUUGAGUCAUCCGCGGCGACGCUCAAGUCACUCACCCUGGGGAUCCCGUUUGAUGACGAAGAGGAGGAAAGCGACUCGGAGGACAUCGACGACGAGGAAGACGAUCCCCUGGACGACUUCUUCGACGGUCCACGGGACGACUUCUUCGACGCUCCACGCACGCGAACGCGACUCGAGAAGCGGCCGAAGGUGCUCGCUGCAGACACACUGGACACACGCUUUCGAUCUAGAUGCACUGACGGAGAGACUGACGGCCUUCUGGCUGAUGAUUGCAUCCUGCAGGUGGUCUUCGAGUCACUUGACAAGCUACACUUUGACCGCGGCUUCAGCGUCCAGUGGCUGGCGUAAGCCGCAGACACCUACACCUAGACAGGCCCAUGAACACUUUGUGUGGUUCCUGUGGUUUGCUUUGCCUGAUGUGAUUCCUGUGGUUCCGCAAAAGGAGACGCGCCCAGAACUGGAAGUUCCCCAAGCUCACCACACUGCGGGUCUACGGGUUUUUCGACUACGAGAGCAUCCCUCACCUUUGUGAAGUCAUCAAACGGGCAGCACCGACACUCACACACCUGGGUAUGUAAUGAUCCAAACCAUACAAAACGCCCCUGUUGCGUCGUGUGACUGAGUGUUGUCGAAUACAUGCAGAGUACCCCCCAUACCGAUGCUCCAACGACAUCGACAAACUCAUCUCUGCCUUCGGCAGGUGCCGCAAGCUCGUCAGGUAAACAGAAACACAGGUGCAGAUGAUCCGUCUCCCUCUGUCUGUCUGUCUGUCUGUGUGGCUGUGUGUCAGUAUCUCUGGCUUCUUCCCCUGGGCGUCGGCAGACUUCGAGUCACUCAGAAAGGCCCUCGAAAAGAACUGGAACAAGCCAGAGAACAAAGGUGACAGACGACAAACAAACAAAUGGGGAAAAGGACACUCUGCACAUCACACAUCACGUCCGUCCGGUGCCUGUCUUGCCGUUCUAUCGAUAGAUGCGUCGAAGAAGCUUGUGCUUGAAGCGCGUGCAUUAGUCGAUGUGCCCCUGACGUUCUCGGACGGGCCGUCCACCAAGUUGUCCGGCUUCCUCGAGUGGGCCGAGACCAGCAAGUGUGAGGUGACGUGGACGUUCACACCCGACCGAGACUGCGAGAUCGACGAGGGCUUCACGAUCGACUGCGAGGAGGCCUACGUGAGAGCACUGCCCGUGGUGGAAGGCCUUCUGACCAGGGCCGUCAGACAGUGGGCCAGCAUGACUGAGGUGGUACGCAAGAGACAGACAGACAAAGAAAGAUCGAUGAUCCAAUAACACAUACGCGCUUCUCUGUGCGCGUCAAUUAAUGACUUGCUCUUUCUUCAGGUGAUCAUCCAGUGUGGCGGCACUGCCCUGCAUCGCUCAUGGGCACGGCAGCUGCAAUUCCCGAAGGCGCGCAAGCUCACGGUGACGGGAGUGACGUCCGCCGAGGCGCUUGGCGGCGUGCCCGACUUCCUGACGGGCGACUACGACCUUCCUCGCGUGACCGAGGUGCAGAUCGAGAUGAGAAAGCCAUGGGGCCGUCCAAAUGCGCGUGGCGGUCGUGUGCCUUUCGGCACAAACAACCUGACCCGUGUGCUCAGCACACUGCCGGGCGUCUCGUCGUUGUCGGUGUAUGGCUGCCACCACGACUCACUGACUCAGGCAGUUGCCAUGUGUGGGGUUGCGUCUGGCGGGGUGGUGGACCAUGUCCAUCUGCGCGAGAUAGACUUUCUGCCCCCCUUUGAGCUGAGCCAGUCGAGUGCAGCGUCAGCUGAGCCAGGGGCAGAGAGUGCUUCUGCCUCUCCUCCCUCCUCGCAUGUCAAGUGCCUACACUUCCAUUCCUCAAAAGAUUCUUUUUCGUUUGGGUAUGGAGAGAGAGUGCCCUUCGUGCAGCCAGUGGUCGACAGGUGCAUAGACACGACGCUGGCCAUACGCCCACUGAGAGCGCAGGUCUGCCUGAGUUCUACGGAUCAGGAGACCGAUUUGCCAUUGCAGUCAGACGACCUGUUUCUGCACGUGCAGCGCUCUUUUGCGCGAGUAGAGGCCCACUAUGCUCUGGUGCUAGAGCAGCACAACUUUGGCGUCGACGUGGAGCUGUGCAGGCUAUACUAGAGAGGGAGGGAGGGUAUGCGCGUCUCGAGGCAGUUGGGUGAGAUGUUUAGAUGUGACGGUGGGUCUCUCUCUCUCUCCUUCUCUCUCUCUCUGAGUGUGUGUGUGUGUGUGUG